UUUUUUCAUACUUCGAACGUCGAUAAAACAUGCGCGGGUAAACUCCUCCCUAUUCGUGGUGAGAUAAGACUGGACUGAAAAAGAUAAGAACUCGUGAAAACUACAUAGGAUAGGAUAAUAUACAACCAUUCAGUUUAUUUUUAAGUUUAUCAAAUAUUUUAAAACUGCUGUGAAUUGAUUUGAUCAAUAGUACAUUGAACGCGUCGGGCAUAUAUUGGCGGUCUGCGGAACACACUCUUAUCUAAACACAAUGCAUUUUGUGAUAAGGGCUUUCUUCCAUAGAACUUGUUUCAUAUGAAUCACUUGUGACAUCAAUCAGUUCUGAUAAGAACGAGAAAGAAUGAGAUAAUGUGAAAAGGAUCAAGUUUAUGUGAUAAAUAAUUAUCUAUUUUUAUGGUAAAUUGUAACACAAAAUUCUAACAAUGGGUUCUAUCGCCUUGGAAGAGUACGAGCUAAUGAAAGACUCUAAAUACAGAGUCUAUGUGUCCGCUGUAGACAAAGCUUUAAAAAGCUUUGAAUACACUAGUGAAUGGGCAGAUUUAAUUUCUGCUCUUGGAAAAUUAAACAAGGUGUUACUAAGUCAUAUGAAGUUUCCGGUUAUUCCUAGGAGAAUUAAGAUAUCUAAAAGAUUGGCACAGUGUAUGCAUCCUGCUUUGCCAUCUGGUGUUCACUUAAAAGCCCUAGAAACCUAUGACAUUAUUUUCAAAUGUAUGGGCACUAACAGAUUGAGUCACGAACUCUUUAUAUAUAGUGCUGGUUUGUUUCCAUUGUUAGGUCAUGCUGCUAUGAAUGUAAGACCAUCUUUAUUGACAGUAUAUGAAACACACUUUGUACCUCUUGGAGAGAGAUUAAGGCCUGGUUUAAGUGGAUUUUUGAGUGGCGUUCUUCUUGGUUUAGAAGAUGGUUCUGACCAUUUUGAUAGAACCAAUUCAUUGCUUGAAAAAGUUUGUGAAGGAGUAGGUCCAGAACAUUUUUAUGCGUGUUUAUGGGAUUGUUUAGCUUCAAAUUCUGGAAUUAGACUUCCUGCUAUAUCCUUUGUGUUAACACAUUUCAAUAAAAAACUGCCAAUGGAAGAACAAAAGUACAUCAUGGGCACAGAUACUAAUAUUAUGGUAACAGCUCUGUGUGCUGGAGUACAAGACAGUUCUGUGUUAGUACAAAGAAGUGCUUUGGAUUUAUUGUUAGUUGGUUUUCCUGUACAUAAUAGUCAAUUAACACACCAGCAAAUGGUAUCAUUGGUCACGGCUGCUCUUGUCACUAUACUAAGAAGAGAUAUGAGUUUAAAUAGGCGACUAUUUGCAUGGCUUUUGGGUACUGAAGUAAGCACAUCUAUUUUAAAAAGGAAGACACAUACAACAGUUUCAGAGACCACAGAAAAUACCCCCACUUAUUUUGAUAUGUAUUCGAAAGAGAUGUUAAUUGAAGCAAUAAAAUCAUUGUUAAAAACUGUAUGUGAUGAGAGUCCACAAGAUUUAAAGCCAUACAGAAUAUUAGUUUCAUUGUUAGAAAAAGUAGAUAUUGGUCCAGUAAUUUUAGAUGAUAUUUUAUUUGAGGUUUUUAGGACAUUUUAUAAUGCUUGUGGACAGUCGAACAGAGUACCGAAAACGAACGAAGUUGUAAAGUCAGCAAAUUUACUAUUUUCAACAUUGGAACCAUCUUAUGUUUGGAUACAUUGUGGACACUUGUUUGAAAAAUCUUGUCAGACACGGGCAAAAACUAAGUAUGAGGUAGAAGAUAUUGCUGUAAGAUCUGUGGGCAGUGGAAUGCCAAAUUUCAUUGAAGUGUGUAUAUUGACGGAAUUCCUUCUCGACACGGUGUCGUUGGAUGCAUUUAUAGAUACUCCUUCGGAGCAUUUGCCUGGUUUAUUUUACGAAAUUAUCAAUAAAAUUAUGUCUCACAUCGAAAUUUUGUCUCCUAUGGAGAUUUCAAGAAGUCUUAAUUUGUGCGCGAAGAUUUUAUCAAAAGUUCAACCAACUGUAGUCUCAACUCACGCGGAGAAGAAUGAAUUAGAAACAAAAUUGGACACAACUACUAAUGGCAAUACAAGUACAGCAUUUAGUGACAAUUCCUUGACUGCGAUACCUUUGGAAAAAAGUCAAUCUGAUAGCAAAUUAAAUAAGCCUGAUACAUCGAGCAGUUCAUUUUCUGAAAAAAGUCCGAGUCCUAGAAGAAGAGCAAAUUCUGGUGGUGCUACCAAACGAUCUGAUAAAAAAUCGAAGAAAAAAUCCAGUAAAAGUACCUCCAAGUUAAGCGAAUCUUUACAAGAUCAGGGCAGUAACGUCUCAGUGGUCGUUAGUCAAGAAUCCAAAGGUUUACCGAGAAAUAAAAGCAUGGAUGACAUAAAAACUGAAUGCAUAGAAACAAACAAUACCAGUUCACCGUCUAAGGAUCAAUUAAUUACGUUAAAACAAACAAGUAAAAAUAGUCCCAUGGGCUCCACAGGAUCUUUAGGUAGAGGCCCAUCUCCAGCAUUUCAAGCACAACAUACAAUGUUAGAAAAAUGUUUAAGGCAGUACGAAACUUUUUAUGUUAAACUAAUAAGUAACCGAGUGUUGAGUAAGGAGAGAACGGUACAGAAUAUGUUUGACAGUUUAAUGAUAUCGUGUCCAAGGGAGAGUUUUGACGAAAGAAUGAGAUACUUAGAACUUUUGUUAAACUCUAGAUUAAACAUGGAAGAUUCUGGCUUCUUCAGUCAAGAUGUAUCCGUGACAGAAGAUACGAAACAUUUGGAUAUUCUUCAUUUACACGUUGAUUCUGUUUCACAGUCGGAAUGGGAGGAACCCGUAAGGAUUGCAUCUAGCUUGUUCGUUGAACUCUCUACGUUUCCUAAAUACUUUUUUCCUGGUGAUGGAAUAUUCGUAGAAGAAGAGCCGAAGGGACAUAUCGUUCUUCCAGAAUGGUUGAAAGUUUUAGUUGUUUGCAGUUGUUGGUUGGGAAAGCAACCUGCUCUACAGUUAACCAGUAUUGCAACUUUGUUAGAUUUAACAGCUUUACUAAAAGCUCACAAUGAUAUUGAGACUCAUACAAAAAGUGGAGAGGGCAUCACAUCUGUAAUUAUGGUACCAUUAUUGAAACAGUGGCAUAUAAUUUAUUUAAUGCAAUAUACCAAUGUGUUCCAGGUAUUGGCACAUUCUUUGUGGCAUCAUCUUGGAGAGUUACCUGCUCACAAAUAUAGAAUGCGAUGCGUUGAAUUGCUACACGAAUUGCAUCAUGCUUUGCAUAAUUCUUGUGAUGCGGUUGAAGACGUAAUAGGAGCGGCACUCACGUCAGAAAAUAUAGAGAAAAGAAUAGAAGCAUUUAAUAGAUUUUCCACUUUAUGGCAUUUGGGACGUGAAAUUGAAACGAAUCCUAGGUUACGAGGCUGUAUGAAAUCGUUCGAUCAGUCAUUGUUGAAAAUAUUGGAUAAUCUACAACUUUGCGAUAAUUCUCCUCUAAAGCUUCACGCUCAGUCGUGGCUUCUUCAUUCUUUAAUGCGAGGUGAUAUUUCACGGGUAGUGGACCCGUUAUUAAUAAUACUGUUAGAUCCAUCUACGUGUCGCAUGAGCGUACUCCAUGUCAGUAUACAACACAGUAAUACUGUUUUAACAAAGAACGACCCCAUCGAAGAAAAAUCUGAAAUACAAGAUGACACCGAAGGAGCGGCAAAGAUCUAUGCAAUCAGUUCUGUAGACGGAAAUGUGAUAUAUCACGUUAGCGAUAGUGUAGACGAAGAUAAAAAAUGGCGAAAGGGCAAGAAAAAGAAAAAGGCCAUAAAUCCAGUAAAAGUAAAAAGAAUAUUUGCUGUAACGACUCUAGCCGCCGGUGAGAACUGUAACCAAUAUGUGACUGAGAAAAAUCAAUUUAUGAAAGAGCUGGAAGUACCACCUAGCAUAUCUGGUAACCGAAAGAUAUCCGUGUUCGUCAAUCCAUUGUCGUUAAAUUGCAAUGAAAACUCCAACGAUUCCUUGACGGAGGAUGAUUCGUUACCCAGCGUGAAGAAGGCAAAUUUAACAACAGAAUUGUUGAAAAAUGCGACAAGAUUUAAAAAGAUGGAUUUCGAUAAAGGUUCAACAGCCAGUUUAGAUGAGAGUCUUUUCGAAUCUGCAAAUUCCAGUUUAAAAACGAAGGAUAAAAAUGGGUUCAAGAAACUGAAUGGAGAAGUUGGUUCGUCAUUGGAUUCUAUUACCAACAGUUUCGAUUCUAGUAGUCCUGAAAUAACCAAUAAACAAUCGAAAUCGAAGAAAGAAUCUGUUAUAAUGCCGGGUAGUUCUAGAGAAGUAGCUGGAACUAUUAUUAAGGGGAAAUAUCACAGUACGAAUGAAUUCACGACAAAUUAUGAUGUGCACGAUGUUGGAAGUUUCGAAGCAAGCGCCGAAGUGCCUAGUUGGACAAUGGACGACGAAGAAGGUGACCUCGAUGCCAGUACAACUGCGGAAGAGUACUUUAGUAACUCCGGUGGUAACAGUAUAAUUGAAGAAGUUUUAAAUGAAGUGCUUGAUCGUGUAAUGCAAAUAUGCGAAGUUGCUGAACCAACUAAAAACGCGGACGAUAGUGCAUACCAAAAUACAAAAACGGGUCGUAACUUUGGAAUCGGAGUACAUAAUCUUCAUUCGCAUAUGUUACUAUAUUGUGGAGUUUAUGAUUCAAUCAGAACGCUUUAUGCAUUACGUACACUUCGCAAUGAAUUGUUAACCAACACCAGAAUGUUUUUGUGUUGCGCUGCGACUACUGGCGUAUCUAAUACGACAAAAAAUACAACGUUAUUAAAUUUAUUAGCUAGACAUCGGAAAAGUGUAUUUGGGAGAAAUUUCCAUGGCGAUAUAGCAAACACAGAAUUCAUAGCAGCCUAUAGAAGUAGCAUGUAUUUAGAAAUUUUAAUUAGCGUGUGUCUUUACUUUGCAAGAAGUUAUUAUCCUAAUUUGGGGCAGAUGAGGCUAACAAACGAAGAAAUCGCGGGCAAUCGACAAGUACAACUUGCAAGUGCAGAACUAUUAAUGCUUAUAUUCUCCGAACUAAUUCCUAUCGUUCGCGAUUCAGGAAAAGGUUUCAGUUGUUACAUAGUGGAUCUACUUGCAAAAUGUAAAGUACAAAAGGUUGCGUUGCACUGUCUCGUGUCCAGUGUGAUGAAUAUGAAGAACGCAAAUAAGGAAAGUGAAGAAGUAUUUACGUUUACUGAAGAGAUCAUUUUAUUUAAUGACCCAGUUGUGGAUAAUGAUACGAAUAAAUGCAAGUAUAGAGCAAGCGAUCAUACAGAGGCUUUUCAAAUACAAUUAUUAAGACUAUUAUUAGCUUUAAUUAUGUUGGAACAUCAAUGUGGCAAUCAAAAAGGUGAAGAAAUAGGUCCACCAACUAUGUCAACACCAAGUACUCCAACACGAACUGUUCCAAAUAUUAUGGGAAAUAGCUUGAAAUAUGUUCCCGGUGCAGCAAUUCCACAGCAACCAAUGUUUCUUGCUAGCAUAUUAAGCGCUUUACAAUUGGACCAUAUGAGACAUUUGCAUCAACAUUGGACAACUCUCGUUACAUCGAGUCUUCCGUUUAUGGGAUCUUCGUUAACUUCGAUAGUAACAUCGGUCAUCCACCAACUGUGUUGCAACAUUGAACAUUUGGCGUCAUAUUAUAUUAACGAGGAAACAACAUCAGCAACGAAGUUACAGGAUAUGAGUACAGUCGAAUGUUGUCUUCCUGCGGACUAUACAGUCACACAUUUAGAAGCUUUAACAUUUUUACUUCAUUAUUGUUUAUUGGAUACAUCACAGCAGAUUGGUUUCUCCUUUAAUCAGCCUUUGAGUGGUACAAUUCAGACUGGAAUUCCUGGAGCAAAUCCAGGACAGAUAUUUAAUAAUCUUAUUCAUGUGUUUAUGCCGAGUCCUCUUUCUCCAGAUCUUGCAGCGUCGAAAGAUAAAAGUGGUGCAAGUGAACUACAGCAGCAUGCUAGAAGGACCGCUUUAAGUCACCUACCAAGAAUAAUCGCAUCCCUCUCUACUCUUUGGCAAGCAGUGUUAGCAACAAAAGACAAUGAUCAAGCCAGUUGUGUAGUUGGUAGUCCAAGAAUAGUAAAACAUCAACUUUUAGAACUUCUAUCUCCCAUAUCUUUCCAUCAUGGAGUAAACUUUUUGGCUGCGAUUGCUGUUGCUUGGCAUGAAAGACGACAACCUGGUAGUACUUCAAAGAAGGUACUUCCAGAAGCUUGUCCUAAUCAGCAAGUUAUGGUUCAUUUAGUGAGCGCAAUUCGUGUAAUGCCUAUAGAUACUUUAGUCCAAACCGUACAUCAAGUCGUAAAAAACCCACCACCGAUACACGGCGUAAAACAGGACUUUUCGUUAGAAGUUUCUGUGUUAGAAUUGCUUUACGUCUACAUGCAAAGUACCACGUCUCAGUCUCUCAUUGAAUCGUGGACAUCCUUGCUGGGUUUGCUUAAAGAUGGCCUAUCUCUAACUGCACCUGCUCAGUUUUUGUUAUUAGCAAUUUUAAACGAAUAUGUACAAAAAUGUCCUCCAAUGCAAGAGAAAAAAGAUAUAAGGGAUUUGCAAGAUGUAUCAGCAAAGCUGGUUGAAUCGUGUUCCCAAAUAGCUGGAGCAUGUUUAGAACAAACAACAUGGUUAAGAAGAAACUUAGCAGUAAGAGAAGAUGCGUUUGAAGUGGUGGAAGGAUCUUCGGAAGGUAAAGAAGGCAAAACUGGUGCUGUAACACCCGGUACACCGCCUAAUGCAGCGUAUAGUGUUCAAGCUCAGGCAGUUUUAGCUGAAAUAGUAGCACCUUUAUUGGAUGUUAGUUAUGGUUCCCAAGAAAAAGAACGCGUAGUAACACUAUUAACCAACCUCAUGUAUAACGUUACACCAUAUCUUAAAAAUCACUCGACAAAGAAUAUUGCCUCUUUUACGGCUUGCUCCCAAUUAUUGAGUUCCUUAUCAGGCUACCAGUACACGAGAAAAGCAUGGCGCAAGGACGUACUGGAUCUUCUGUUAGAUUCUGCCUUUUUCCAAAUGACACCAGCGUGUUUGCCAUAUUGGAGGACUAUAAUAGAUAAUUUAAUGACACACGACAAUACAACGUUUCGGGAUUUAAUGAAUCGCGUUUCCAUGGCUCAGGGUAGUAGUAUCAGUAUAUUUUCUUCAAAGGAACAGGAAUACGAACAAAAAGCUCAGCUCCUGAAAAGACUAGCAUAUGUUAUACUUUGUAGCGAAAUGGAUCAAUAUCAGAAGUACAUGCCUGAAAUCCAAGAACGGUUAGCAGAUAGUUUGCGAUUGCCACAAGUUAUUCCAUCGAUUCAGGCACAAGUCUUUCUUUGUUUUCGUGUGCUACUUUUAAGAAUGUCACCACAACAUGCUACUUCCUUAUGGCCUGUAAUAGUUAGCGAACUUGUUCAGGUCUUCCUGUACAUUGAACAAGAAUUAAGCACUGAUAGUGAAGAAUUCAGUCGUCAUGGCAGUUCACACAUAAAACUACUCUCAGCUUUGGAUUCAUCGUGGGCUGUAAAUGCUAGUAAUGGACUUCAAGCACAUGGCCAUCCUCACUGGUUACAGUUACAACUAGCAGCUGCUAAAUUAUUAGAUUUAGCACUACUCUUACCUGCACACAGGCUUCCUCAGUUCCAAAUGUAUAGAUGGGCAUUUGUAGGGGACUCAGCGGCAGGAUGUAUGGAGAAUAAUAACCUGUCUUCUGAUUUUGUACCACACAUCACAAGAAUAGCAAAACUAAUGGACAACAAGUAUAAACAAGACUCAAAUCCUGUAAAAGCCACACCCGGUGAACUACUCUUAACAUCUAAUAAUAUACGUUCAUUGCAAGACCUGCAUUAUUUUUUUACAACACUUAGUCGCAGAUCAAGUGACACUCAGGCACCAUUAAAUAUCACACAGUUGGAAACAGUGAUAGAGCAAGAUUUUCUUGAAAAGAUGCCAGCUGCGAGAUAGUAGGGGUACGCUUUCAACAAUGUAGUAAAACAACUUUUAAAGGAGAAAGAUGGAAGAAGCAUUUGAACACCCUUUAUUCUUUGAUAUCUUUUUAAUGCACUAAUGUAAACGUUAAUCAUAUAAGAUAAACUGAAAAAAACCUGAUUGUAUUAAGAAAAGAGCAGUUGGCUCAUUUAUUCACUUCUAUACAGUUUUAUUAUAAACUUGUACAUCGCAUAUUAAGUAACGUAGAACAUGUAAUAUAUAGAAGUAUUCAUAUCGAUAUUUGAUUUUUAUUAGCUAAGCUUCUAACUUGUCUCCUCAUUCGGUUGUGAAUAGUUAUCAAAAGAUACAAUACGCCAGGCUGGAGCCUAGCUGAAUUAUAUCUGUAGAAAAUAUGUACAGUGUAAUAUAACAUUUUAUUGCGAUGUUAUUUCUUCAUCUGUUUUAAAAGUUAAUUGUUUCUUGUUUGUUAUAUAUAUCCUCAUUUUUUUGAAACAUAAAACCUCCGAUAGUCGAUGAAAUGAUAACAUAAGCAUGCAAAAUAUUUCUAUUUUCUUUAUAUUUGUAUCUUAUGAAAAUGCAACACCACACCCAAUGAAGCUUUGAAUUGAAUUAAUUGUAUAUGUAUUUAACAAGUACUGAAAUAUUGCAACUUGCAGCAAUGAUGUUUCUGUCUUUCAAUAUUUUUUGUACUUUGAAUGAUAAUCAAUUCCUGUAUCUAAAUGAAGCAAUUUUUAAUAUGCAGGAUUGGUAAAUAUUAACCAUUCUAUUUGAAAAUAUGAAUUAUGUGCAAACGUUUAAUGUUGUGUAUGAAAAAGUAAAGACAGGGAAUGCGUUUAUACAUGUGUCAUAUGUGUGAAUAUUAUAUUAUUCUUUGCUUGAAGAUUAAUGUUAGUAAAUUACUUCUUGCAAAAUUUCUAAUCAUUUAAAAGCAGAUAAAAUUAUAAGAUUUUAUUAUACAUGUUGCGUUAUAUUUCUGCAGUAAUAUAUUUUUUUAAUAUUGCUUAUUAUAGGUACUGAAUAAAUACUAUAGUAAAUAAAAAUCGUAAGUUUAUUAAUAUUUAAUGACAGUAAUUUGUAUAUUGUAAUCUUCACACAUGUGAUCCAUUGAUUCAUAUGUGAUUAAAAACAAGUGAAAAAGAAAAACUUGCUGUGAAAUUAUUUUUCUAUAUGUAAACACAUAAAAAAUUUUAAAGGCACGCAAGUUUUUUAAACAAGCAUGCUUUAUAAAGCGUGGAUUUAUUUAUUAAAUAUUUAUCUACUAUAGUUGCCAUUUUGAUUUUAUCAUGUAUAUACAUUUACUAUGUAACUGCUAAUACAUUAGCAUCACUUUCUCAUAUUGUUUCACUUGUGCUACGCGUGAAACAAGUUAACUGAAUAUGUAUACAGAAAUAUUAUUAUAUGAAUUAAUAAUUAAGAAUUCAAAUAAUAAACAAAACUGCAUCUAUACAAACAAGUAUUACCGAAUUUUAUAAUUAAUGCUUGUUAUGCAAACACUGCAGCAUUUGUUAUUUCUUCUAUUCAGUUAUUAAUCAUGUGUAUACAAUGUGAAUAUCUAAUAAGUAGAAUAAUAUGCAUUUGUUAUCUAUACAAGAUAUGGUUAAAAAAUAAUUUUUCAAGUUAAUAUUUAAUUGAAAACUGCAUUACAAUGAGUGAAACUAUUCGUACUGUAAUUUUCAUGUUAUUUAAACUAUCUGAUUCUAUUUUAAAAAUAAAAAGAUUGGUCAUAAAAU